AUGAAAUUCGAACCAUUGAGAGUAACCAACGAUGGCCGGCCAUCGUCGGUGACCCCAAUAAGUGGCGGUGGUGGUGGUGGGGUGGGAAUUGGUUUUGGUGGUAGUGGCGGUGGUGGCAUUGGUGGGGGUGGUGGUGCUGGAGGGGGUAUUGGCGGAGGAAUUGGUGGAGGUGGUGGCGCUGGAGGAGGUAUUGGCGGAGGAAUUGGUGGAGGUGAAGGAAUCGGGGGAGGUAUUGGCAAAGGAAUUGGUGGGGGAAUAGGUGCUGGUGGAGGAAUUGGUGUUGGAAUUGGUGUUGGUGGUGGAAUUGGUAUUGGCAUUGGAGGCAGUGGUGGAGGUGGUGGAGGAGGAGCAGGUGGUGGCAUCGGAGGAGGAGGUGCAGGAGGUGGUGGAGGAGUGGGAGUAGGUGGUCCAAGAGGUGGAGGAAUUAGUGUAGGUGUUGGAAUUGGUGGAAGUGGAGGUGGUGGCAGUGGCAGUGGCGGCAGCGGCGGUGGAACCAGUGGAGCAAUCUUGAGUGGAGAGACCAAGCAACCUUAA